GAACUGUCUGGCUUUUGGAGACCAGUCUGAAGUUUCAGAAUUGCUCUACUUACAUGCUUGUGCACUGGGCUAUGACUCAUGGCGAGAACCACCCUGUGACACUGCCCCACCAUUCACAGGGCUUUGUCUCUCCAGCAGUGGGAGUGACAGCCGCCCUUCUCCUCCGGCAUACUCUUUUACCCAGGGCUACUUGUCCCGAAAGAUGUCUGUGAAAUAGCUGGAGACAAUGGAUCCAAUCUGAGGCGGGUGGUGGUGGUUGGAGGCGGGUGGGAAGAGGCACUGGAUUGAACCAAACUAAUUGUCCUUGUGGGCAUCUAGCCUCAAGUCUUAAUGCCCUCAGCACCGCUUUCAAACACACUUUGCCAAGGGGCUGCGGGUAAGAAAUGCUCUGUAUGGGAUCUGGGUCAGGAAGAGGGAGUGGGUGAAAGGGAAGGAGGGAAAAGUGAGACAUGGCAACCUUUAGGGAGCAGAAAUAAAAGUCUGAUGUGAAAAUAACUAAAAAUAGACGGCAUGGGCUGUCAGGCUGCAUGCAAAUCCAGUGCUAAUUACAUGGAAAUUAAUCACAAGUCCAACAUCCCUGUGACCCCUGGGGAGUCGUCCUGCUGCAGGUGUCUCCCCUAUGCCCCUGAGUAGGCCUGACACCCUGCUGCACACCCAGCUCUUGCCAGUGCAGUGAGAAAAGCAGAUAGGAGGCUAAAAAUACUAAUAAUAGAAAUCUGGUUUCUUCUUCCAGACAAAAAGCCUUGGCAUCCACAGGAGGAAGAAGUGUUCAGGCGGCAUGUGACUGGUUGUUCUCCCACGUCGGCGACCCCUUCCUGGAUGACCCCCUGCCCCGGGAGUACGUCCUCUACCUCCGCCCCACCGGCCCCUUAGCACAGAAGCUUUCCGACUUUUGGCAGCAGUCAAAGCAGAUCUGUGGCAAGAACAAGGCGCACAACAUCUUCCCCCACAUCACCCUCUGCCAGUUCUUCAUGUGUGAGGACAGCAAGGUGGACGCCCUGGGGGAGGCCCUGCAGACGACGGUCAGCCGCUGGAAGUGUAAGUUCUCAGCCCCGCUGCCCCUGGAGCUCUACACCUCCUCCAACUUCAUCGGCCUCUUCGUGAAGGAAGACAGCGCAGAGGUCCUCAAGAAGUUUGCCGCUGACUUUGCUGCAGAGGCUGCCUCCAAAACCGAAGUGCACGUGGAACCUCACAAGAAACAGCUGCACGUGACCCUGGCCUACCACUUCCAAGCCAGCCACCUGCCCACCCUAGAGAAACUAGCCCAGAACAUCGAUGUCAAACUCGGGUGCGACUGGGUGGCUACCAUAUUCUCGCGGGAUAUCCGAUUUGCUAACCAUGAGACGUUGCAGGUGAUCUAUCCGUACACCCCGCAGAACGACGAUGAGCUGGAGCUGGUCCCCGGGGACUUCAUCUUCAUGUCUCCCAUGGAGCAGACCAGCACCAGCGAGGGCUGGGUCUACGGCACGUCCUUAACCACCGGCUGCUCCGGACUCCUGCCCGAGAACUACAUCACCAAGGCUGACGAGUGCAGCACCUGGAUAUUCCACGGUUCUUACUCCAUCUUAAAUGCAUCAUCUUCCAGCGCACUCACAUUUGGGGACGGCCUGUUGGAGAGGCGGCAGAACGAGGACCAGGGCCUGGGGGACACCACUCCCCUCACGCUCAUCUGCCAGCCCCCCCAGCCUCUGCGGGUCAGCGGCCAGCAUGGUCCUCAAAAGAGAUGCCUGUUUGUGUGUCGGCACGGUGAGAGGAUGGAUGUUGUGUUUGGGAAGUACUGGCUAUCCCAGUGCUUCGAUGCCAAAGGCCGCUACAUACGCACCAACCUGAACAUGCCGCACAGCUUACCUCCGCGCAGUGGCGGUUUCCGAGAUUACGAGAAAGAUGCUCCAAUCACCGUGUUUGGAUGUAUGCAAGCGAGAUUAGUGGGCGAAGCCUUGUUGGAGAGCAACACCGUCAUCGACCACGUCUACUGCUCCCCGUCCCUGCGCUGCGUUCAGACUGCGUACAACAUCUUGAAAGGUUUACAACAAGAAAAUCACUUGAAGAUCCGUGUGGAGCCUGGCUUGUUUGAGUGGACAAAAUGGGUCGCUGGGAACACAUUACCUGCCUGGAUACCUCCUUCAGAGUUAGCUGCAGCCAACCUGAGCGUUGAUACAACCUACAGACCUCAUAUUCCAGUCAGCAAAUUAGUGGUUUCAGAAUCCUAUGACACCUAUAUCAGUAGAAGUUUCCAAGUAACAAAAGAAAUAAUAAGUGAAUGUAAAAGUAAAGGAAAUAACAUCUUGAUUGUGGCCCAUGCAUCUUCACUUGAAGCGUGUACCUGCCAACUGCAGGGCCUGUCACCUCAGAACUCCAAGGACUUCGUACAAAUGGUCCGAAAGAUCCCAUACUUGGGGUUUUGUUCCUGUGAAGAAUUAGGAGAAACUGGAAUAUGGCAGCUGACAGACCCACCCAUCCUUCCUCUCACCCAUGGACCAACUGGAGGCUUCAACUGGAGAGAGACUUUGCUACAAGAAUAAACCACACAAGUGAACAAGAAGGAAACGCUUGACGAAGGCUUUGGGAGAAGUACCUUUUUGUGUGUUUAGUCACAGUGGGAAAGUCUGCACCACGUUUUCAGUGGACAGCUCAGAAUAAUUUAGCAUAUUUCCUUUCAGGCUUUAAGGUUCUUAGGAUGAGACCAUGUCAAGGAGAGAAAGACUUGAUUCAGGGAUAAAAUUCAUUCUCUCUGGACUCUUGCCUAGCUAACAAGGCUUUCGAGAAUUGUCUUCCUAAAUCGGGGCAUCUGCAACAGCAUAGGACGUCUUCUCCCCUUCGACUGUGCUGGCCAAGGAGCCUAAGUUCUCCCAGAGAGAGCUGCCAGCCCACUCCGGGGAAGGAUGCAGGAGAAAGGACGCAGGAGGAAGGACGCAAGAGGAAGGAUGCAGGACAAUCCAGCUAGAGGGACACCGAGCUGCCAGUUUGGUGAUAGGAGGUUCUUUUCAACUCCGUAUUCCAGUUAAAGCCAAACUGAGGAAUUCUUUUAUGGUUAUUAGAAAACAACCCCCAACCGAGAGUUGCUCUUAGGUUUCCCAUCAAUUUCUACCCUCACAAUGACCCACGCACCAGUGCUGCUGGCUCAGGACGCCUGCUUAAGGACUCUCACCUUCCCGCCUCAUCACUUUCUCUAGCGCAGCUGACUGCAGCUUUUUGCUAUGGUCCUGCCCCCUUGCUUCUAUCUGUGAAAUGGGGAGACAAAGCAUUUUCGGUCUCCAGAGCACUUUUGGAUACUCAGGAGGAAGACUAAUGUGUGAAGUAUUCAAUUGUAGGAGCAAAGAACUUGCAAGGUAUCAAGUGGCUUGGAGUUACCCGUGUUGUAGCCCAAGGAGCCACAGCCUUCCUCAACCGUGAUUUGCUUGUCUUUGCCCCAAGGGUCUAGACCAUGUUAACUAGUUAGGGGUGUUGACAUUUCCAAAAGAUGUAUGUUAAAUACAUCAUUUGAUUCAGCAAGAAGCUCAUCCUUGUGCAAUACGGACAUCUUUCCACGCCAUACCAAGGGUCAGGUCACUGUACGCUUACAGUACAUGCCAGCCACAGCAGAACAUCCACAGAUGAAUCAGUUACAGCCAGGGAUGUCUGAUGAAGUCAGGGAACUAACUUAAGUGAUGACAGUCACGACUGCACUGCUACUAGUGCUGGGGGGGGGGUUGUUUGUUUGUUUGUUUUCCUAUGCUAAUUUAAAAUACAUAGGUAGGGCUACUUAAGGAAAGCUGGGAGAGCCACGUCCUGUGGUAUCUUAUCACACUUGCUUCCUAAAUUUAGAGGCAGUUUAUUUAAAAGAAAAAUAAAUGACAAUCAAACCAAAA